CUCCAACAGAUGUCAUGGCACCCCCAGUACCGGAGCUCCAAGUUCCGCCACGUCUUCGGCAAACCCGCCAGCAAGGAAAACUGCUACGACUCCGUGCCCAUCACCCGCAGUGUUCAUGACCAUCACUUCUGUGCAGUGAACCCCCACUUCAUCGCAGUCGUCACUGAGUGUGCAGGUGGGGGCGCCUUCCUAGUCAUCCCCCUGAACCAGACGGGAAAGUUGGACCCCCACUACCCCAAGGUCUGUGGGCACAGAGGGAACAUCCUGGACAUCAAGUGGAACCCUUUUAAUGACUUCGAGAUUGCCUCCUGCUCUGAAGAUGCCACAAUCAAAAUCUGGGACAUCCCCAAGCAGCUGCUGGCAAGGAACCUCACAGCCUACAGGAAGGAGCUGGUGGGCCACGCGCGCAGGGUGGGCCUGGUGGAGUGGCACCCCACGGCCGCCAACAUCCUGUUCAGCUCUGGCUAUGACUACAAGGUGAUGAUCUGGAACCUGGAUACAAAGGAGUCUGUCAUCGUGAGCCCCGUGAGAACCAUCACCUGUCACCAAGACGUGAUCUUGUCCAUGUCUUUCAACACCAACGGCAGCCUGCUGGCCACCGCCUGCAAAGACCGGAAGAUUCGGGUUCUCGAUCCCCGGCUUGGGACAGUCCUGCAGGAAGCCAGCUACAAGGGGCACCGGGCAAGUAAGGUGCUGUUCCUAGGGAACCUGAGGAAGCUGCUGUCCACAGGCACGUCGCGCUGGAACAACCGCCAGAUGGCCCUGUGGGACCAGGAUGAUCUCUCCGUGCCCCUCACAGAGGAGGACCUGGACGGCUCCUCAGGCGUGUUGUUUCCCUUCUACGACUCGGACACCAACAUGCUCUAUGUGGUUGGAAAGGGGGAUGGGAACAUCCGCUACUAUGAAGUGAGCUCCGACAAGCCUCACCUGAGCUACCUGACAGAAUUCCGCUCCUACAACCCACAGAAGGGAAUCGGUGUCAUGCCAAAGAGAGGUCUCGAUGUGUCCUCCUGCGAGAUAUUCCGCUUCUACAAGCUGAUCACAACCAAAAGCCUCAUCGAGCCCAUAUCCAUGAUUGUGCCCCGGCGGUCGGAAUCCUACCAAGAAGACAUCUACCCGCCAACAGCAGGGGCCCAGCCCUCCCUGACGGCUCAGGAGUGGCUCAGUGGGAUGAACAGAGAGCCAAUCCUGGUGUCCCUCCGGCCCGGCUCCCAGCUGCUGAGCCCCCGGCCUCUGCCUCCUGAGAGACCCCUCUCCAGUGCUGUAGCCCCAGCUUCACCACUGUCCUUGGACCCUACGGCAAAGCUGGCUUCAGAGGGCAGCCGGAGGUCCUGCUCCCUUCUGGAGGAGAAGAUGCCAAGGUGGGCGGUGGAGCACAGGCUGGAGGAGAAGAAGUCCUGGCUCACUAACGGCUUUGAUGUUUUCGAAUGUCCCCCACCAAAGACAGAGAAUGAGCUGCUGCAGAUGUUCUAUCGGCAACAGGAGGAGAUCCGAAGGCUCCGGGAGCUGCUGACCCAGCGAGAGGUCGAGGCCAAGCAGUUGGAACUGGAGAUCAAAAACUUGAGGAUGGACUCUGGGAAGUUCUGAGCGAGGCCUCUACCAUCCCCGCCCUCAGGGACACUACUGGCUUUGUGGGGAGGUCCAGAACCGAGCCUCAAGUCCCCCCAAAACAACUACUAUUUCUAUAUUUUUACCAGAAAACGAAACUUUCAGUCGCUGAAGGAGAUUCCAGUGGGACACGGUGCCGUUUUAUAUUUGCCUUCUUUCGACAGCAGUUUCUGCACUGACUCUGUUUUUAGAUGAUACUUUGCCUUCUGUUGAAUUCCGUCUCUAAGGGUCCACAGAGAGCUCUAACUUCCCAAGAGAAAAGAACACUGUAGAAAGUUCAAGCUGGAAGGAUCUGGGAGGUCUGCUGCCUGUGAUGUUCAAGCUGCACCCUACAGAAUGGGAGGAAGACUUAGGCAGGAGCCCAUUCCAACAGAUGACACCUCUGUCUGUUUCAUGUGUGGCCUGCUACGGAAUACAGAAUUCUGCCGCUUACACAAAUUUUUAGAAGCUUGAAAUCUGGCCUACCUCCCUCAUAUGGGGAAACCAAGGCCCAGAGAAAGACAAGUGAGGUUUGUGUCAUGGCACAGCUGGACUGAGAUCCUGGUCUCUUGGUAUGGCUUUCUGCUGUUUCUGGCUUGAUGCAGUGUUGGCCCCCUGAGCAGGAAUGUCCUGGUUCUGGUCUUGGCUAUGCCAUGAUUUACUUGGUGACCAUUUACGAAAAUCCUUCUCUCGGGUCUCAGGUUCUUCAUCUGAACAGGAGGGACCCUGGAAGGAGCUCCCCCCUGCCCCCCCGACAAGCCUGCUCCCCCACCAGACCUUGACCUUGACCUUGAUCCCACAGGUGGGGUAAUGACCUUAGAAACACACACUGGCAAAGAGGCUGGGUGGGUGGGAAGCCUGAAGGAAUGAGUUAAGGUUCAUCCCAAUUCUAUAGCAGACAGGUCAGAACCAUCCUUCUCAGCAAAAAUCAACCAGAUGUGGGCAGACACUGGCCCUAUGUGGAGGCACAAACCUUACAGCCGAGUCUGUGGAGUACUGUCUACACAGCCUGCCUGCUCCCAGAAGAUGUGGGCAGGUUUCAGCCCAGGUUAACGAAAGAGGCUCCAGGAGGUCUGAAGCCUUAGGGCUGGAUCCUGGCAGAGCCCUGUGGCCACCUGCCAGUGAGGAUUUCUGGAUUUCUGGAGAGGGGUGAACACACUAGGUGAAGAAGGAGCACCAGAUAGCCCUGAAGUUCCUUCUGGCCUGGAAAUUUUUCUGUGUCCUUCCUUUCUUGCUUUUGUCUUCUUUUGUUUUUUCUGGUACUGGGUAUUGUACCCAA